AUGGCUUCUACCAGUCGACAAUCGAUGCAAUCAACUCUUUUGUCUACUGCAAAUGUACGACGAACUUCAAUAAAGCGAGGAGAAACAAUUGAAAAUAAUCCAUCUAAUAAUCGACAACAUCGUGUUGUUGAAAAUUUUAUUGUUAUUUGGUCAGAUCCUAAAAUUGAUCAAUUAGAUAGUGAUUAUCAAAAUUCUAUUUCUCAUCUUCGACAAAUCGUUAAUUCAAUUGAAAUAUUUACUAAUGCUGAUCAUUGUUUGGAUUUUCUUGGUAAAGUUAAAGAUGAAAAAGUAGUUUUGAUUGUUUCAGGCUCAUUUGGUCAACAGAUCAUUCCUCAUAUACAAGAAUUAAAUCAACUCGAAUCAAUCUAUAUAUUUUGUAGUCAUAAAUCUAAAUAUGAACAAUGGUCGAAAAACUAUGAAAAAAUAAAAGGUGUUUUUACUGGAAUUAUAUCUAUAUGUAAUGUAUUAAAACAAGAUAUUCGUCAAUCUGAAGCUAAUUUAAUAUCUGUUACUAUUCUUCCAUCAUCAUCAAAAAUGAAAUCAAAUGAAAUUGAUCCAACAUUUAUGUAUUCACAAUUAUUAAAAGAAAUUCUUAUUGAUAUAGAAAAAGAAGAUACAGAAAAACAAAAACUUAUUGAAUUUUGUCGUGAACAAUAUUCUCAAAAUGAUUCAGAAUUAGAAUUUAUUAAUGAAUUUGAUCAAGGUUAUUUAAAACAAUCUCCAUUAUGGUGGUAUAGUAGAGAAGGUUUCGUUUAUAAAAUGCUUAAUAGAGCCUUACGAAGUCAAGAUAUUGAAAUAAUUAGUAAAAUGGCUUUUUUUGUACGUGAUGCUCAUCAACAAAUUACACAAUUAUACUUACAAAAGUCAAAGGAAUUUUCUCCAUUUAAUGUUUAUCGAGGACAAGGAAUGAUGAAUGAAGAAUUUGAACAUAUGAGACAAAAUUCAGGAGGACUUAUAUCAUUCAAUGUUUUUCUUUCGACUAGUGUCGAUAGACAAGUAGCAUUAGAAUUUGCUCAAAAAUCUCAAAAUGAUUCAAGUAAAACAGCUGUUUUAUUUCAAAUGGAAGUUGAUCCUACAAAUGCUAGUAAUCCUUUUGCUUCAAUGGAAAAUAUAAGUUUUUUUCCAACUGAAAAAGAAAUUCUUUUCUCAAUGAAUACAGUAUUUAGAAUUGAAGAAAUAAAACAGAUCGAAGAUCAAUUAUGGCAAGUUAAUUUAUCUUUAACACAUAAUGAUGAUCAACAAUUAAAACGUGUAGCUGAAUCUAUUCGUCAAGAUCUUGCUGAUGGACGAACAGGAUGGCAUAAACUUGCUAUUUUAAUGGCUGAAAUAGGAGAUUUUGAUAAAGCUGAUGAAUUAUGUCAACAAGCUUUUGAGAAAAUAUCGAACGAUGAUUGGUCACAACUUACUCAUUUUCAUCAAUUUAUUGGAUUUAUUAAAAUGCAAAAAGGAGAUUAUUCAAAUUCACUUUCUCAUUUACAAAAAUGUCUAGAUAUUUGGUUAAACAAAUUUCCAGGUUAUGAUCAACAUCUUCCUUCUAUUUAUCUCAAUAUGGGUCAGAGUUAUUAUGGUCAAGGUCAAUAUGAUGAAGCAUUAAAAACAUUUCAAUAUGCUCUCGAUAAAGCUCUUCAAUUAAGUCAACCUGAAUAUAAAGUAAUUGGUACUCUUUAUUAUAGUAUUGGACAAAUGUUAUGUGAUCAAGGAAACUUUGAUGAAGCACUUAAGAACUAUAAUCUUUCAUUAAAAGUUCGACUUGAAAAUUUUUCAUCAAUUGAUCCUUCAAUAGCAGAAACUUAUAAUGGUAUUGGUGAAGUAUAUCAAUGUAUGAAAGAUUUUAAUCAUGCUCUUAUUCAUUAUGAAAAAGCAUUUGAAAUACAACAAAGAUCUCUUCUACCUGGAAGUUUAGAAAUAGUUGCUAGUUAUAAUCGAAUUGGUCAAUUAUAUUUUCAAAUGGAAGAUUAUUCACGUGCAAUUUCUUAUUUUGAUAAAGCACGUCAAAUUCAAGAAAAAUCUCUUCCAAAAGAUUCUCCACAAUUGGGAUUAACUAAUAAACUUCUUGGUGAUGGAUUAAAAUUAAUGAAAGAUUAUUCACAUUCACUUGCUCAUUAUGAAACAGCACUUCAAAUUUCAGAAAAAUCUUUUCCAAUUGAAGAUCCAUCUGUUGCAAUUAUAUGUAGUAAUAUAGGUGAAAUAUAUUAUCGUAUGAAAGAUUAUUCACGUGCACUUUCUUAUUAUCAAAAGGCAAUUGAAAGUGGACAAAAAGCAAUACCAUCUAAUUAUCUUUCAAUGGAUGAAAUUUAUUAUGAAACAGCAAAAACACUUUAUCAUCUUAAGAGAUAUAAAGAAGCUAAAGAAAAUGCUAAACAAACAUAUCGUAUAAGACGUAAUACACUCGGAUCUCAACAUCCAAAUGUAAUUGAAAUAAAAGAGUAUAUUCAUAAACUCGAAAAAAAACUUGAAUCAAAAUAA